AUGUCUGGCUUUGAUAGAUGCGCCUUGUUCCUGCUCAUCCUGGUGGGCGCCGUGCUCUACCUCUACCCGGCAUCUAGGCAAGCAUCAGGUAUCCCUGGGCUGGCUCCAACUGAUGAAAAGGAUGGCAACCUGCCAGAUAUCAUUGCCAGCAGCAGUUUGCAUGAGUUCCUGGUGAAUCUUCAUGAGAAAUAUGGCCCACUGGUCUCUUUCUGGUUUGGAAGGCGUCUUGUUGUCAGCCUUGGCUCAAUUGAUCUCCUGAAGCAACAUAUUAACCCCAACCGGUUGUUGGAUCCCUUUGAGACAAUGUUGAAGUCCCUCUUGAGGUACCAGUCCGGCCUGAAUAGGGAUACGGGAGAGAGCCACAUGAGGAGAAAGCUGUAUGAAAAUGGUGUGACCAAGUCCUUGCAAAGUAACUUCGCUCUCAUCCAGAAGCUGUCAGAAGAGCUGCUAGCCAAAUGGCUCUCCCUCCCUGAGGCACAACAUGUGCCACUCUGCCAGCACAUGCUGGGCUUUGCCAUGAAGUCUGUCACGCAGACAGCUAUGGGAAGCAGCUUUGAAGAUGACCGGGAAGUCAUCCGAUUCCGCAGGCACCAUGAUGCAAUCUGGUCGGAGAUUGGGAAAGGUUUCUUGGAUGGGUCACUUGACAAAAACAUGACUAGGAAGAAGCUCUACGAAGAUGCUCUGAUGGAGAUGGAAUCCACCUUAAGGAAAGUUACAAAGGAGCGCCGAGGCAGAUCAUUCAACAGGCACAUCUUUAUAGACACCUUGCUGCAGGGGAGCCUGAGUGACCAGCAGAUUCUGGAAGAUACAAUGAUUUUCUCCUUGGCAGGCUGCAUAAUCACGGCUAACUUGUGUACCUGGGCAGUCUAUUUCCUAGCAACCUCAGAAGAUGUUCAACAGAACCUCUACAAGGAGAUGGACUGCGUUCUGGGGAAGGGACCAAUUACACAUGAGAAAAUUGAGCAGCUCAGAUACUGUCGGCAGGUCCUGUGUGAGACAGUGCGAACAGCAAAGCUGACUCCCAUUGCUGCACAGCUGCAGGAACUGGAGGGCAAAGUUGACCAACAUACUCUUCCCAAAGAGACACUUGUGCUUUAUGCUCUUGGUGUGAUGCUGCAGGAUAGUUCAUCUUGGCCAUCACCAUACAAGUUUGACCCAGAGAGAUUCAAUGAGGAAUCAGCCAUGAAAAACCUCUCCUUGUUGGGUUUCUCAGGAAGUCAGGAGUGCCCAGAGUUGAGGUUUGCCUAUAUGGUGGCUACAGUUCUGCUGAGUGUCCUAGUAAGGAAACUGUAUCUCCACCCAGUGAAAGGACAAGUCAUGGAGACCAAAUAUGAGCUGGUAACCUCACCAAAGGAGGAAGCCUGGAUAACAGUGUCUAAGAGAAGCUAAGAGCAAGCAAAACAAGGGGCUAAAAGUGCCGGCAGUGCAGUUCUGAGCAAGAGUCUUAGGGAAUCAUGCUGGCACCACACUGACUCAGCCAAGGAAUUUUGCAUCCACAUUUCAUUACUUUCCACAUUCUUAACCACAUACCUCUCUUGGGUACAUUUUCUAACUCAACCAAUAGUCAUAUUAAAGUAGAUUUAAUCUGUAUGCCUUGUUUACAUUUGCUUUUGGAUCUCUGGCCAAACCAUUGCAAAGGAAGCAACAAUACCUUGCAGUGGUGUACGUAUGAACUUAUUGGGUGUCAGCUAGUCAAAGACCAGACCUCUGGUUAAUCCAGCUCCUUUCCAACAGCAGACAGAGCUGGAUAAGAGUGCCUCUCUUAUCCAGUGGAAUGCUUCUUCACAGAUCCUAGCUAGGUAAGACCUUGGAGACACAAGGACAAAGCCUUUCUCUGUAUAUAGGUAUUUUUAUUCAGAGUGUCUUUCCUUCCCUUGAGCUACAGCUAUAACUGUCAGGAAGAGCAGAUAAAUGUUGUAAGAAGUGUGUGUGAGAAAGAGAGAAAUAAAGUGGGGCAGGAGUUGCACCACUGGUUCUCUUGCUGGGUAAUGUUGCCACGCUUGGGGGGUUGCAAGAGAAAGGGUGACUAAGAAAUCCUAGUAAAUCAAGAGGAAUAAGAUUGGUUUGGCCCCUGAGAAAACAGAAGCAUCAGUAAUAAUAUAAUGAAAUAAAAUAAAAUCACAGAAGAAAGCCCUGAGAAAGGGAUUCUCUAUCCUGACAGUUUUAAGGGCAGCAUCUAAUCUAAUCAGCAACAGAAAUUAACAGAUGCUUGCCGUUCAUUCAGCACUGGGUUGGCAUGAGACUGGUUGUGCAAAUACAGGAAAGGGAGAGUGCUGAUUUUAUAGAGCUCUGGAUUAAUGUUGUACUUAAUAACUUCAAAGCCUUUCAAAGAAUCCUUUUCCUCCUCCAAAAUGGGUGCCAGCCAAGGCAGCAUCACAUGCCACAUAUUCACACGCUUUUCCCUGGUUUCUUUCCUUUUGGCCAUCAUAGGUCAGCUCCUGAAAGAUUUUUCAGUGCCCCGCUGAACAGUUUGCAAGGCAGGAACCUCUUACCCCAUCAUCUCAUUGGAAUAAUUGCCAUCUGACUUCUCAGGUUGUGUUUCUCCCCCCGCAACUUUUUUUCCCCCAUCUUGCAUAGGAUCACCCUUUACCUGAUCUUUAUAAGUCUUUUCCCCGUAAGACUGACUUCUCAGUUAGCUCCAGUUCCUAGCCCGCUUCCCACCCCAAAGGUGUGUGGUGGUAGGUGAGGUGUUGCUCAGCCUGCAGCUGCGUAUGCCCAAGCUGCUUUUAUGCAUAGAUACCGAUGCACCACAGAGCAGGCCAGGGGUGUGGCUCCCAUUAGAGCUACUUUCUAUUGCAUCUGCAGAUAGGGCACACAUACCUGGUAGCUGCAAUUCCCAUUUCUGCUGACGUUCCUUUCACUGGCACCUUCCAGGUCAGGAAAUUUGCUGCUCUUCUAAAAAUGUUUAGGCUCUUGUAUUGCUGCCGAGUGCCAGCCUGAAUGCAGUCCUGUCAGCUCUUACAGGGUUAACAUCUGAUGCCAACCUCUGGGCACCAGACAAAGAAAAUUCUGCUCUUGGGUUUAAUGUGUCAGCUCUGCUUUUGGUGGAGCUGUAGAGAUUCUGAUCCCCCCCAGUGCAUUUCAUGUUGGGGGAGAGGUGAGACAGAGAUGCUGUUCUACUGAUUUUUUGCCUGCUGGGCAGAAAAAGGAGGGUUGUGCAGUUCAUCUUGCUGCCUCUCUUGCAUUGAUUUUUAUAAUGAACUGCAAGAAAGCUCUUGAUAAUCUGACCUCCAUUUAACUGAAGGUCGGUCAUGUCCCCAGAUGGCAAUUCAAGUUAGGCUUUGCUUCACUGCUUAUACAAAAAGGCUUGUUUUUCCUGGAGGUUGCAGAUGUUUCCUAAACCUGGAGAAAUCACUGUGAUAAAGGAUUUUACUUUAAAGCAUCCCUGGUGUGUGGAGGAGGCAAAAUGGAGGCUAAGUUAUUGCCUUCUUGGGAAAAAAUGGUAGGAUAGCACUGUCCCUGCUAGGAGCCAGAAAAGGAGUAGAUGACUGUCAUUUAAUUGAGUGGUGAAGAUCUGCUUUCUUGUAGCCAUGUUGUAGGAGUGAAGCUUUCAGACACCAGAAAAACUUCCCAAGUAUAAUUGUCCAGACUUCUGUUACAAUAUUUCUGUGCCUUGCUGGAGCUGUAUGGGCCAACUGCCUUGCAACAGCCGUUCCCCAGUUACAGGAAUCAAAAAUGGGAGUAAUUCCAUAUAAUUUGUUAUGAAUUUUCUGUCAGCUUUUACAGGUAUCACAUCCUGUAAGACUGUGCUCUCAGUCCAGGCCAGUAACCAAGCAUGCUACAGGAGUCCAUGGCUGAUAUGAGAGAAGAAUGUGGCCCGAAGUGCUGGAAAAAGCCAAUGAUUAGUUUGUGUUUGCUCAAAACUGCUGUCAGAAAAACACCCUGACUCAUCACUUAAGGAAAUGUGUCGAGCAUGGAGGGCAAGGAGGUGGGUAAGGCACACUCAAGCAUUUGUUAUGCAUUGCACGGAGUGACACUGAGGUCAGAGCCACAUUGUUUGCUGAAGUCUGUAAGUUUCCGUGCCUCACUCUAUGUGUGUCAGUCAUUUUAGAUAGCCUAACUAUGAAGAUUUAAUGCAACACUCACCAGCCGAGAUGUGGAUUCCUUUGUGCAUCAACCCCCCUUUUCUGUAUGGGAAUGUUCAUGGAUCAGAGCUUUCUCAUGAAGUUUAAAUCUAUUUUGAUUGGAAGCUUGAAAUACCAGUUUUGUCCCAUUUCUUGCUUCACCCCUUGUCCAGCAUGCACUGUCAGCUGGUUCUUGUUUGGCCUGGUAACCUAAGGAAGACUUGUGUUUGUAGGGUGUUCCUCCCUCCCCACUUAUGUUUGUCCAUUUUUCCCUUUCUCUUCUCACAAGAACUUGUUAGCCCUUGGGCAAAAUCAGCUGCAUUUGACAGGGAUCAGGGUUUGAAAUCUUAAUGCUGUUACGUUCCUACACAGUUUGUGGGGGAAAAAAAAAAAAAAUGACUGGGCAUACGGAGUCUAUGCUAGGCAUGUCACAAGAUUGCAGCCAAAGCUGAAGCAUAGUAAGAUGCCAGCCUGGGGAAAAGCCCGAGUCAGCGCCUACACUGUAGCAGAUAGCCAACCUCAGGAGUCCAGUCAGUAGAAAACAGGGUAUUGUCAGUCCUGCUGCUCAGACCCCCACACUAAGGACAUAUGCAAGGCCCAGAGAUCAGUUCUGGCUGUAACAUGGGGAUGUGGGCAAGCAUUGCAACCUGUGGAAAAAAAUGUAGUCUAUGAACAAAACCAAGAGGGGGAGGUUGCUUCUAUAAUCUAGGGAAUUUUUGCCUUUUAUGCUUCAUAUUCCUGCUAUACACCAAAAAGCUGCUUCACAAAUUCCACAGGAUGGUUUUGAAAAGCAAACAGAAAAGCUGUCAUUUCAUUUCUUGGACUCUUACUGUAGAACAAGCUUCUACAGGAGGGCUACAAACUCAUGGAAGGUAAGAGGCUAAAUAUAUCUCUGUGCCUAUGCAACCUGCUGCUCUCAGAAGCAGGCAGCAGGCAGCCAGCACAGGUGCUGGGAGCAGUCAGGCCAUUGCUAAUUGAUUGUCAUGGCUGUUUCUGGCUGACAAAGCCUUGUACUUUUGCUCCUUGUACUGGUGGCAACUGGUGAGACAGUUAACAUAACUAAGCAGAACAGACAGCUCAUUGAGCUAGCCUUCCACUACCUCCAGAAUAUCCAUGAAUGGUGUUGCCUCUAGAUUUUAAUUAACCUGUGCUGCAUAUAGAGCCAUUAUUGCAAAUUAGUAAUAUCCUUCUGUUCCCAGCAGUUGAAGGUCUUGCUGGUAAUGGCUGUGGCAUGCAGCACAGUGUUGAGGGCUGUAUGUUUUAUUUUCCAUCAUUAAAUGGAAAUGGUGGUAUUGGCAACUUCUGUCCUACUUGCUGCAGAAGUAAAUGUUUUUUGGGCAGAGUGGAUGUUUGCUGAUUUAAAAUACUUUGGGCAGCUCUCGUGCCAGCUCCCCCAUUAGCUGUGCAGUUAUGAGAAUGUGGGCCGCUGGCAAUCCAAACUGGAAAAACAGUAUCUCACCUGCAUAGUUUGUGAACAUUUUGGUACUGCUUAAGUCACAGGUAAGUAGCAUUGUCUUCUCACUCUGUCUCAGGUACUGUGCACAUGUUUCUUACUGACAGCAGGAGAUAAUUUGUUGAGUCUCACUCUUCAACAGGGCUAUGUAUGGCCUUCCCAAGGUUUCUGUUAAUGCUACAGAAGGGGCUCCCUGACAUUAACCCUUGGAUAUAGAUACAUUCUGAUCAGCAGAGUGAAGUCUACAUUGAUUGACUUCAUUUUUGUGCUUGGAUCCUCUUGUAGCUUUGGGACAAAAGGAAUGGGGUAGAGCUGUACUUUAAUGAAAGCACUUUGAGCAUACAGGACUUCCACCCACUUCCCUACCCCUUUUAUCAAGAGUGACAAGGAAGGGGGGAAAAAAGUUUCCAACGAGAAGGAAAAUCUUCAUCACUUGUGGGUUAUGCCACUAGGAAGUGGAACUGUGGCAGCUCUUGCUGCUUUUUUUCCACUGGAAUUGCUGGAAAAUAUUUCAGGAAUCUUUCUCUGGAGCCUGAGAGUAUGUACCCAUCUUGGCAUCUCUCUCUAGUUGAGCUCAGGAGUGUUUUUUAGCUAUCACUUUUCAACUAAACAAAAGGCCUGUUUGACAUCUCUUAGGAUUCAAUGCCAGGUUUUUGGCAGUAACAGACGGGGAAGAGGAACUACCACAUGCAGGAAAAAAAAAGAAAAAAUGUUCCUCACAUAUGGAGGGUGGGGAAGGAGAGAAGAUAGGGGUUUCCAUGGCAACAUUCCUUGAAGAUAAGUAUUUUUAAAUCUGUGUGAAUUUUAGCAUUCAAAACACAGUUGUGUUUCCCACAAAAAGAUUUGGGGGAGGGAUGAAGUGGAAAGAAAUUUUCCCCCUACUUCUCAGGUCAUUCCUAUUUUACAGAGAAGCCUGAAUCCAAGAUAAAUGAAGUACGUGUGAUUGCUCUAAUGUUCCUGCAAAGAAAAGCCUUGCUUCUAGGAGGCAGAAAGCAUCAGUCAUAGUUCUGUAUCUGCACCAACAUCUCUGGCACAAGCACUUGAUCAUCUCUAAUGGUAAAAGUAGUUUAAAUAGAUCAGUGCUAGGCAAGUAAAAAGUCACAAGGACAAAUCUUGCAUGAUUCCACAUUAAACUAGUGUAACUUGGAGCAAAAAUCUUAAUUAUAAUUGACAUAUAGAUAAGUGAUAAUAGUGGUGAUAAGGUAGCUGAGGCUUUUUGCCUUGGUCAGAGGAGAGGAUGGAAAACUGAAAGGGCAGAGAAACCAGGUAAAAUGUGUCCCUGGUGAGUGUCUCUGUUACCUUCAAUGCCAGCGAAAUAGUGCUGAGGGUGAGCAAGUGGUGCUUCAGUCACACUAUUAGGCAAGAACUGUUUGAUCUUUAUAUGGAGUAUCAGUGCUGGGCCCACCUCUGAACCUCUCUGAAGCUUCCCUGCUCCAUUCUCUGCAGUGCUGGGCAGCUCAUGGGCACUGGCACGCUCUGCUCCCACCUCCCUGCUGGCAUCCAGGCAGGUCAGCUCUGUCACAAGCCUGGCAGUGAGACAUCCAAUGCUGUGCCUGCUUGGCUGCCAACUUUCUAGUCUCACCAAAGAAGGCUUUUUUUUUUUUUUUUUUUUUUUAACAGUCGCUUCCAACUCAGUAAUGACUCAGACACUGCAGCAAGGGUAAAGCGAUCAUCUUCCCCUUCAGAGCUUUACAGCAGAAGGCCCUGGGUAUCCUUGCUAAAAGAGAGCUUGCUGGGCCCAGCCAUCAGCUGGAUUCAGUUCUUUAAUUUAACUGAUGGAAAGAUGCUCCAGCGGUGCUGUGUACCUCCUGGCUUAGGGACUGUGUUUCAGCAAUAGACUCAAUGAUUCCUACAAGUACUUUCUGUUCAGAAGCCUUGGGGAGGGGAGGCUGGGAGGGAAUGAAAUGUCAUCUAUGAAGAAGAAGGUGGUACUCACCUAAUACAGCUCUAGCUCUCACCAAACUUCCCAAGGCCAUGAAUCCAGGAAGGGAACAAAAUUGGAACAGUAGAGAAAAGCAGGAAGUCAUAUUUGGCCAUUUAUCUUUUGGGAUGAAGGAGGGAAAACAAAUUAAGGGUGUCUGAAAAAAGCAAAGUUUGUAUUCUCAAAGUGGGGAAAUCGGCACUUGGUAGCAUUGUUUCAUAUUGGCUGAGACCCUGAUACAGAAUAAGUGAGGCUCAGAUCUAGCAAAGGUGACUUCAUUACACUUGCCAACUUCCCUACACCUUCAUUGAUAGUGCCUACCGGCAGCAUAGAAAAAAGCUGCACUUUUCAUGUCACUGUUGGAUCCUCUAUUGGAAGUCAGAUAUAUAAUUUUUAAUUCUAGGAAUGUUCAUGCCCUGACAUCAGCACUAAUGUGAAAAUGCAUACCCUGGCUUUGUAGUUUCUUGGACUGAAAAGCAACUGACUUGCUCAUUCAGGGCUUGUUAGCUGUGAUAUAUAUAUCAUGUUUAUUCCAUCCCUUCCUGUAAGACCACUGUGGAAUUUUGCGCUACAGACUGAUGCUCCAGCUCCAUGCAUUUGCCUGGACGCCGGGAGAUGCAGGAACUCUGCAAUACCCAAAAACCGGAAAUGCAGCGGCUCCAGUCCCUGCUCAGCAACCUUCAGUAUCCAGGAUGUCACGAGCUGACUCUUACAAGUCAGCCUGGUACAAUGAUGGGGUUCAGGGCACCAUGGGCAUUAGACAGCAGUAACUGGAUUGCUGCUGUGCAGGGGAGCCUGCAUGUUGGUGCCACAUGUUGUGACAUGUAUGGGCGUUCUCACACAGCAAUAAGUUCCCACAAAUGCAGUUUCCAGGCCAAAGAGCCCUGUCUUCUGGCAGCUUGGCUACCACCUGCAACUGUCCUGCUUGGGGAGAAAGAUGUGGUAGCUGAACAUGCCCUGGCUUUGUGAGGUGGCUGUCCUGCUUUUGCAAGCUCUUCCAGGAGUCUUGAGCGGGGGAAAGGUGCCUUGGGAGGAGAGGAGUGAGGCCCGUGAGUUAAUAGGAGCUGACAGGGAUGCCUGCAGGAAUACACCAUCACAUAUGAUGGGAACCAGCUGGACCAAUGGGUGCAGCUGCCCCACAUUCACUAGUGAGCAAGAUAUUUGGGAGCAGAGAGGGUGUUUGAAGCACUUAAUCCUUCUGAUGUGCAGAAUUCAUAUUAAAUUUGCCAGAGCCUGUGCCUUGAUUUCAUGAUUGUUGAAUUGUCUUGAUUGUUCUGAAAGGAAGGAGCAAAUUGAUUGCUUGCUAAACAGACUGCUCUAAAUUACCCUUAAGUGUGGGCCUGGGCCUGUAAACCUUUGUAUGACUGUGACUAUUGUGUGACUGCAUUGAAUACCACUGACUAUUCAUAUAUUGGCCUAGCACAGUUGCACUUAAAUCUCAAGUGUGGCUUUCAGUCAUUAGAAAUGAAAUUUUUGAAGCUUUUUGGGUGUUUGAACACCCCAUAAAGCACCUGCUUGACUAUUUAAAUGUCUAGAUGUCUUUGUAAGUCUAGUAUUGGCAUAAUGCAAAGAGAAAGGAAAUGAUAUAGAGGGUUUGCUGGAUCAGGCCUCCAGUUUCAUAUCCUAGCAGUGAUAACUAGGUAAGGCCUGUUGCUGUAUAUUUGCCGUAGUUCAUAGUGAUCCUCUUUUGUGCUUGAGGAAGCUUGAUGGUGACUUUUACAUAGUAAAGGUAAAAAUACUGCAAACAUACAUCCUGCAUUAGCCUUUAUAUAUUUUGUAGCUGUAUGGUUCCACUGUGGUAAACUAAGCUGAGCAAUCACAUUUUCUCAAUUACUCUCAAGAACUGGAAAUCCUUAUCACCUCUGUGUUUCUUUCUCCCACUGCUGCAGCACUGGUCUUGAAAUUGUCACCACAGCUAAAAAUCCUCAUUCUGUAAAUUAAACUGUGAUUUAAAAAAA